CUAAUGCUUUAUGCGCUAUUCUGAUGACUGAACGAUACCGGCAAUAUUGAUGUGCCAGAUCGCGUUUUGUGGGGAAUCAUUCUUUGGAUGCGGGCAAUGGAAAGUAUGCAAUUGUGUACCGCGAUAGUCGCACUUGAUGGUGAACGAAAACGAGCUAGUUUCGCUAGUGAAAGGGCCAGAGUAUGUGUAGUUUGGCACUUGCUGCUCAGAGAAGAGAAGGAGACUGCGGCGGCACAGUCUCACUUGGCCGGCCCAGCAGGCCUGAUGAUCCUGAUCGUUUUCCUCAUGCGGUCGAGCACUUCUCGUUACGUACUUGACUUCAUACCCUCCUGACCCCUCUCACCCGUUCGACCGCAAGAU